UACUACCUCAAACACUGCUACUACUACAACCAUGUUUACACCUACUUCUACUUACAAGUACGAAACGUUGUCUUGGUUAACUGGCUCUUUCUUUUAUUCCACAGAGUCAAAGACAACAGCCACAACAACAACUACAGCUCCUGAAAGUCAAACCACAACACACAAUAAUGAGCAUAACAAUGCUUCUAAAAACUUAGGCCAAAAAACUCCAGGAAAUUCAGAAGUUCCAACGACUACCACAAAUGCAGUGACCACUUCGUCCCACACUGAGUCUGCUAGCAGUACAACUGAUAACACUUUGCCUCAAUACAUUACAGCUAACAUUGAUGCCAUCAUUCCAGAUACAAGCAAAGUGACCCAUAUUCGAUUCAACAGUAUCUCUUAUAGUGCUCUUGUAGAUAAUGCACUUAUGGCUGCUCAACUUGUUCAAGAAUUGCCUACUUUGUUUAGUAACGCAUUGAGUAUCACUCCCGACGAUGUUAUUGUUCUGUCAAUUACACAAAGUAUAGAAAACGCACAAGACGACGAUGCUAAACGAAGAAAACGUGCUGAAAGUGAUAACAGUGGUAUUGUUGUCGCCGUUGCUGUUCCUCAAACUGAGAUCAGUGAACUUCAAUCGGUAAUCUCAAACUCUAGCAGUGAAUUAUAUAGCGAAAAGAAUGGCCAACUUCCUGCAUUUAUUGAUCGAGGUUAUAACAUUACUAAUCUUGCAGCAGCUGUAAAUGGUGGUUCUGGUUCUACAGUAGCUGAUCCUAACAGUGAAACAAGUAGUCAAAAUAAUUCCAGUUCAAGUGGCUCUGAUUCUAAUGGAGGCCUCUCUAAGGGUGCCAUCAUUGGUAUUUGUGUCGGUAUAGGUGCCUGUGUGUAUGCAGCCGCUACUGUAGUUGGUGUCAAGGUCUACCGCUCUCGCAAACAAAAGCGUGAACAAGAAGCCAUUGAACAACACAUGGUCUUUGCGGAUAGCAUCUCUUCACCCAUUAUGCAAGGAAAUUCACUUGGUUGGGUUCCAGCGCCUUAUCAGCAACAUCAAAUACCUAGAUCACCUCUCCAAUACUAAGUUUAAUAUCUAUUCUACCAUAUUAUAUUUUGAAUAAAAAAUGUCACAUCUAUUAAGGUAGUGAAAUUCCCUGCUUAUUAAACCAAGGUGUUUUCGUAACAAAGAACUUAAUCUCAGUCAGUUGUAUAAGUAGAACCCACAGACAAGAUAACAAUUGUUUCCUAGACUGUAAAUAUUGGCUCCCUAUGAUUGAG